AUGGCAUUAUAUUACAACUUGGUGUUUGGUCUCCUUGUGAUCGAAAUGAUUUUCUUUGGAGUUCUUUCUGUGCCUUACCCUAGAAGAAUCAGAAGAACAGUUCUUACUACUGUAUCAGCACCUUUCAAGAAUGAACAAUUCCAAAUUGCACUUAAAUGUGUAUUGGGGUUUGUGUUUGUCCUAUUCAUUGACUCUGUCAAUAGGGUUUAUGCAGUAACUUCAGAGUUGCAUUCUUCGACCCAAGCGCACCCUGGGUCCUCAGUUAUGAAUGAUCGCUCAGAAAUCCAAGCAAGAAGAUUCUAUGCUCAAAGAAAUAUGUACUUGUGUGGGUUUACUUUGUUUUUGACGUUAAUUUUGACUAGAACCUACAAUUUGGUAGUAGAGUUGAUUGUUACCAAGGAUAAAGUGGACGAGUUGAAGACCGAAGGCGCGGAAGAAACGAGUUCUGCUAUUAGUGGCGAAACUGGAGAGAAUGCCGAGAUUACAAAGUUGAAGAACCAAUUGGCAAAGAAAGAUUCGGAAUUGGAAUUGUUGAAAGGUCAAGCAAAAAAUUUUGAUAAAGAAUAUGUCGAUGUCACUGAAUCGAGCGGUGCAACUGGAGCUAACAAGGUAGUUGACGAGACUGUUGAGUUGAAAAAUAGAAUUUAG